AUGCGAAGAUAUUUGAAACGUAAAGAAGCUUUCAUCCCAAACCCCAAAAACCAACAUCCCUCGCCUCACACUCAAAAUUGCCGCCAUCCUCAACAUAUCAAUAACAACCAAACCCGUAUCCUUCACAACCUUGUCCGUCUCUAUGCAGCACGUAAUCAAAUCGAACUUGCUCGUCAUGUGUUUGACCAAAUUCCAAACCCAAGUAUUGUUUUAUGGAACAUGAUGAUCCGAGCUUAUGCUUGGAAUGGCCCAUUUCUUCAAUCCAUUCAUCUCUACCAUCGUAUGUUGCAACUUGGUGUCAAGCCCAACAAUUUCACCUUCCCUUUUCUUCUCAAAGCCUGUUCAGCUCUCCAAGCAAUUCAACUUGGGAGACAAAUACAUGACCAUGUCCUCACACUUGGCCUACAAACCGAUCUCUAUGUUUCUACUGCCUUGCUUGACAUGUAUGCCAAAUGUGGCAAUUUUUUUGAAGCACAGACAAUAUUUGAUAGUAUGUCCCAUAGGGAUAUUGUCUCGUGGAAUGCAAUCAUUGGUGGUUUUUCAUUUCAUGCUUUUCACGAUCAAACAAUUAACUUAGUUGUCCAAAUGCAGCAAGCUGGAAUAGUACCUAAUUCUUCCACUAUUGUAUCUCUUUUACCCACUGUCGGACAAGCUAAUGCCUUAUGCCAGGGGAAGGCUAUUCACGCUUACUCCGUAAGAAAAAUCUUCAGUCAUGAUGUGGUUGUUGCAACUGGGCUUUUGGAUAUGUAUGCCAAAUGCCAUCAUUUAUCUUAUGCCCAGAAAAUCUUCAAUGCCCUGAACCAAAAGAACGAGAUAUGCUGGAGUGCUAUGAUUGGGGGACAUGUCAUUUGUGACUCCAUGAGAGAUGCUUUGGCCCUUUAUGAUGACAUGGUAUAUAUGCAUGGCUUGAAUCCUACACCGGUCACUCUUGCAACCACACUUAGAGCAUGUGCAAAGCUCACUGAUCUGAAUAAAGGGAAAAACUUACAUUGUUACAUGAUUAAAUCAGGGAUAAAUUCAGACACAACAGUGGGAAACUCGUUGAUAUCAAUGUACGCCAAGUGUGGGAUCAUGAACGAUGCACUUGAGUUUCUUGAUGAAAUGAUAAUAAAAGACUCAGUUUCUUACAGUGCUAUCAUUUCAGGAUGUGUGCAAAAUGGCUAUGCAGAAAAAGCUGUACUUAUUUUUCGCCAGAUGCAGUUAUCUGGGACCGACACAGAUUCCGCGACCAUGAUAGGUUUGCUUCCAGCUUGUUCACAUUUGGCCGCUCUACAACACGGGGUCUGUUGCCAUGGAUACUCAGUGGUUCGAGGCUUCACGGCAAAUACCUCCGUUUGUAAUGCCAUUAUUGACAUGUAUGCGAAGUGUGGAAAGAUUCAUAUCAGUCGGCAAGUUUUUGAUAGAAUGAAUAAGAGGGAUAUUGUUUCAUGGAAUACAAUGAUAAUUGGUUAUGGCAUUCAUGGUCUUUACAACGAAGCAUUUUCAUUGUUUCACGAAUUACAGGCAUCAGGUAUGAAGCCGGACGAUGUGACCCUUAUUGCUGUUUUAUCUGCUUGUAGCCAUUCAGGACUUGUGACGGAAGGGAAAUACUGGUUUAAUACCAUGACUCAAGAUCUCAACAUCUCACCAAGGAUGGUACAUUAUAUAUGCAUGGUUGACCUCUUGGCCCGAGCAGGAAAUUUGGAUGAAGCAUACUCCUUUAUUCAAAAGAUGCCGUUUGAGCCUGAUGUUCGUGUAUGGAGUGCAUUGCUUUCUGCAUGUAGGACCCGCAAAAAUGUUGAAAUGGGUGAACAAGUGUCAAAGAAGAUCCAGCUGCUGGGACCUGAAGGUACUGGAAAUUUUGUUCUUAUGUCUAACAUCUAUAGCUCUGUUGGCAGAUGGGACGAUGCAGCACAUAUUAGAAGCAUACAGAAGCAUCAAGGUUACAAGAAAAUCCCAGGAUGCAGUUGGAUUGAGAUCUCAGGGGUAAUCCAUGGAUUUAUUGGGGGGGAUCGAUCUCAUCCACAGUCAGUGUCCAUUAAUAACAAGUUACAGGAACUGUUGGUGCAAAUGAAAAAAAUGGGAUAUGAGGCAGAUUCUGGUUUUGUUUAUCAUGAUGUUGAAGAAGAGGAAAAGGAACAGAUUCUCCUUUAUCAUAGCGAAAAAAUAGCCAUUGCAUUUGGAAUUCUUAAUACCAGUCCCAGCAACCCCAUUCUAGUUACAAAAAAUUUGCGAAUAUGUGUUGACUGCCAUACUGCAGUCAAAUUUAUGACUCUUAUAACGAAGAGGGAGAUAACAGUAAGAGAUGCAAGUCGAUUUCAUCAUUUUGAGAAUGGAGUCUGCAAUUGUCGGGAUUUCUGGUGA